AUGAGAGAGAUUGAUAUGGAAGAACUCAUGGCUUUCAUCCGUGAAGACCUCGGCAGCAUGCUCAACGACAAACACGACUCUUAUGUCCCAAACAGCCUAGAGUCUCUACCUUGUGAGCUCAUUGUCAUGAUUGCUGAGUAUCUUUCUAAAAAGGAUUUACUCACGCUUCGAUCACUGAGCAACGGAAACAUAUCACGAGGUAUCGAUGACCGCUUUGUCGAGCUCCAGUUGGACAUGUUGGCCUUGGAGAAUGAAUCUAUGACUUCCCUUGUCAUGAUGAUCGAAAGCAACGCGAACCUCAAAUCUCUGCAUCUAUCUGCGGGCCCAUCAAGUUGUCAGCGCUGGUUGUCGCGUAGCGAGAAUUGGGCACCUCUGCUUCGGCUACUAGGCUCUAGCCCACCAUUCCGGCUCCGCUCACUCGAACUUGACGGGCUUGUCACCAGCACUUCUGCGCCCACUCUUGCGCGAAUCAUCAACGUACACUCAUCCUCGAUUCGCCGUGUCGUUCUCAGGCACACAAAUUUCCAUUACCCGAAUACCCUUCGUGAAUUCUUCACAGCGUGCGCCAACUCGGAUAUACAUUACUACAGGUCAGAGAGCCUCUUAUUCCACGAAACGAGCAUGCUGGUUGGUACUAGUCUAAGCUUCCGCGUGUUUGAGGACGAGGAAGAUGAACUGCACCGAGAGUGGUCGGGCGAGGAGGACUUGGAUCAAUGUGACCUGCUCGAUACGGCUUGUCAGGAUUGGGUGGAGGUGCGGUUUCCUAGUGGAAGGGACAUGCUGGUAUACGACAACGAGAAUGGGCAAAACGGAGAUGAUUGGAUGAACAGGGCCUUUAUGGCCGGUGUGGCGAUGAUCCAGGAUGGUGCCCUCAUUGAUUCUUAA